GUGGGCGAAGCCCCCCUGUAGCGUCACGUGUCUCGCCUCCACGCGUGACUGCGAAGCGCGCUCCCGCUGAAUUGUGAACGGCGCGUGGUGGAUCCAAACUCGCACGGGACCCAACAGCCGCUCCUCGUGAUUCCUUGUCAUCCCCGAACAAGUGUGGGAUCCAACUGAAUCCGAACAUUCUCCUGCGCGUGUUUGGAUCUCGCGAAGCAGAGGAGUGCGUGUCUCCACCACCGCCACGCACGAAACAUGUUUUCAUCCCUUUGUCUCACACGAGACAGGAUUGACGAGGCGCUUUGAACUUUUUGGAGGGGUGGUGGUGGUGGUGGUUUAUUUUGGUUUGAUCCCCGCGCGGGCAGGUAUGUCUUCUUCACGCGUGGAUUACAUCGCGCCGUGGUGGACUUACUGGCUGCACAGUUUCCCGCACGUCAACCUGAGGCUGCAGCCGGUGGACAACAGCUUCAAUCCCAACGACGAGAACUACCAGCAGUCUUUGCUGUUCCUGGGCUGCGUGGCGGCGACGGUGCUGGGCGUCAACCUGCUGUGUCUGGCCGUCUACCUGAGCUGCCUGUGCUGCCGCCCCAAGGAUGACGACGGCGGCGGUGACGAGGACAGCAAGAAGCCGACGUCGUGUUGCGUCACCUGGUCGGCCGUCGCCGCGGGCCUUGUCACUUGCGUGGCCGUGGGCGUGGGUUUCUACGGCAACAGCGAGACCAACGACGGCAUCUACCAGCUGACGUACUCGCUGUACAACGCCAACAACACGCUGGGCGGCGUGGACAGCCUGCUGCAGGUGAGCACCACCAUGGGGAACAUGAAGAGCGGCCUGCAUCAGCAUCUGGCCCGGCUGGACGAGAUCUUCGCCACGCGCGGCGACUACGUGCAGACGCUGCAGUUCAUGCAGCAGAUGGCCGACAACGUCAUUAAGCAGCUGGUGGGCCUGCCGGACUGGGCCCAGGCCAACGUGGACCUGGCGUCUGUGGCCAGACUGACGGCUAAUGUCGAGUACUACAGGUGGCUGGCCUACCUUCUGCUUCUCAUCCUCGACCUCAUCAUCUGCCUGCUGGCUUGUCUGGGACUCGCCAAGCAGUCUCGCUGGCUGCUCACCACGAUGAUGCUGUGCGGGGUGCUGACGUUGAUACUCAGCUGGGCGUCGCUCGGAGCAGAGUUGGCCGCCGCCGUGGGCACGAGUGACUUCUGCGUGGCGCCUGACAAGUUCAUCAUGAGUCAAAUCAAAGGCGUCAUCGGCACAGAUAUCGUUCAUUACUAUGUUUACUGCAACCAGACGCUGACCAACCCUUACCAGCAGCCUCUGACGCUUUUCCAAAGAUCUCUAACUACCAUGCAGAUCCAGAUCCAGGGUUUACUACAGUUUGCCGUGCCACUCUUCCCCACAGCGGAGAGAGACCUGGUGGGCAUCCAGCGUGUUCUCAACUCGUCUGAGGUCAGCCUGCACCAGCUGACCGCCUUGUUAGACUGCAGGGGGCUCAACAAGGACUACCUGGACGCCAUGGUGGGCGUGUGUUAUGACGGCGUGGAGGGCGUUCUCUACCUGUGCCUCUUCUCCGUGCUGGCAGCUUGUGCUUUCACUAUCAUGCUCUGCGCCAUCCCGAGAGCGUGGAGACAGAUUGCCAGCAGUGAGCAGGACUACGACGACAUGGACGAGGAGGACCCCUUCAACCCGCGACGCAACCGAAUGGGCUCGCAGAACCAGAACCACACCACCGUGCACAGCUUCUGCAGCUACAGCAGCGGCAUGGGCAGCCAGAGCAGCCUGCAGCCCCCCGCCCCCCCACUCUCCAGCACCCCCAUGGGCGACUACAUGAACCAGACGGCUCUGUUCGGUGGGAAUCCUCGCUUUGAGAAUGUGCCUCUGAUUGGACGAGGCUCGCCGCCACCCUCGAUAUACUCUCAGCCGUAUAGAACCCGAUAUUCCCCCAGCAUGAGGGCCACCUACUUAUCCAUGACUGAGGAGCAGCGUCGGCAUUUCGGCAACGACUUCCAAGUGUGACCGUGUGGACUUUUUCCGUCUGUUGAAGCACCACGUUUGUUGUGUUGCAAGCAUGUAAGUAAGAUGGGAACACGGUUCGUGGACAUUGAAACAUGAGGAAAGACUUUCAAUGUCCACUUUGAAAGACACGAAAGUGCACAUCUUUGCCCCCCCCCCCCCCCCCCCCCAAGUCAUCCAUGAAAGGAAGCCUGGAGAGUUCCAACAUUUUUAACAAUAAGAAAGGUACACAAAAGAAAAAAAAAAUACAUUUUUGACCUGGUUUUUCUGUGAAUUUUUCUUCUCGGCUGUUAUGAUAGAGUACAUGUGGAAAACAAUGGCACCGUGGUGACAUUUAUUUUCAAUUUCCUGCACACUUUUCCGUGUGCAAACCGCCGGAGAGAAUGUCGAAACACUUGUAAAUGAUUUGUACAACUUAUUUUUUUAAUUAUUAUCCUUUGUGCCAUUUUAAAAGAUAUUUUCGUUUGUUUUUUUUCUACUCACUGAAGGGCCAUUAAUGUACAUUUUUCUUUGCAUAUCAACUAACUUAAAACUGCCCUUUGAUAUGACACCAAAAGCUGUUGUGCUGCUGCUUUUAACCACUGCAUUCAGGUAAACAGCUUCUUUAAAGUGUUGGCUAAGAAUAAUUCAUAUGAGUAAUAAUAAUAUUAAUAAUAAUAAUAAUAAUUCAUGCAGUUUUGUUACAGCAUGUCACACUGUGUAUGGACACUGAGAGAGAUGCCUAAUUCUUUGUGGGGCCAAAAAGUUUUUGUGUCCAUUUGUGUGUUGAAUAAAUAUGUUUUUAGUA